AUGUCGGUGGCCACUCUAAGACACCAGAUGUCCUGCCCAUCAGACUUCAUGCGCGUCGGAUCGGUCAUCCCUCUGGAGGUGUCCACAAGCGAUGGCCCGGCGGCGCACCACACAAUCUUGGGAGAGUCUUUCCUGCGCAGCGGCCGCCCCAUCAAAACGCGGUUCGUGGAGAAGUCGCAGAAAAUUCCCAGGACGCCGAAGACGCCAGCAAAGACACAGGGCAUGCCAACGACGUACACCUCUGGCGAUCAGACCUUCCCUAUGCCAGCUUGCAGUCUGGAGGGUGUGCACAGCAGCCAGCUGGGCCACGGCAGAAUAUCAGUGAAGUCAGCCUUCAGUGGGGCGACGCUCUUCAUCACCGGGGGAUCAGGCUACGUUGGCAGCGUGGUCUUGGAACAGCUGCUCAGGUUCUGUCCAGACGUCGCAAAAAUCUAUCUCCUCAUACGCGGUAAACGUGGCAACACAGGUGAGCAGCGGCUGGAUGCCUUGUUAGCGCGCCCUCUUUUCCAUUUGCAUAGACAGUCCGGGGAGUUCCCCAGCGAGGUGAGGGAUAAGUUGGUGGUGGUGAAUGGGGAUUUGGGCCUGCCGGGGCUGGGAUUGGCGCCUGCCGACAGGAACGCCCUCGUGCGGGACGUGCAAUUCAUCGUCCACUCUGCAGCCUCCAUCUCCUUCGUGGACCACAUCCACCGCCUCAUCGCUCACAACUACGUCGCGACGCGCAACAUGGCGCAGCUGGCGUCGGAGAUGCGCCAGAUUAAGAGCUUCCUCCACGUCAGCACCGCUUACGUGAACUGCCACCUGGGCCGCAACGUGCACGUGGAAGAGCGGCAAUAUCCGUUCUCGGUCGACGGCCGCCCGGUCGCGCACGCUGACAUCAUCGCUGAGCUGGCAGCGCUCCCCGCUGAUGACGCCGAGCGCCGGGCGAAGGAGUACCUGCGGCAGAGCGGGCACGUGAACACAUACACGUUCACAAAGAUGCUGACUGAGCUGGCCAUCGCCGAGUUCAACAACACCGCGUUCCCCGUCGCCAUCGUGCGGCCCUCCAUCGUGGGCGCCAUUGCAAAGCACCCCUACCCCGGCUACUUUGGCAACAGCGCCGGGCCCACAGCCUACUUCCUGGCGUUCGGCAGCGGCAUUGCCACGAUGACAUGCCACCGGCCGCACAACAUCUUUGACCUGGUGCCCUGUGACGUGGUGGGAUCAGUCAUCCUCGCCACCUCAGCAGCUUCCGUCCAGAACUCGUGGGACCGCAGCCAGCCGCUAAUCGUGCACGCUGCGUCAUCGACGAGUCACCCCUGGAGCCACUUCAACAUCUACAAGGAGGUGGUCUACCCCUACUGGUCUGCCAACCCGGCCAAGUUCCGCUUCAACUUUGGCGGCUACCAGAGGUAUGAUGCGAGCGGCCCGUGCUCUUUCUACCAGAAGGAGGGAUCAGCAAUCUUCCGCGCGCGCCAGUGGCUGGGGGCCGUAAAGUUCACGAUUGUGUGCGGAAUCAUCCGCGCUCUCGGCUACCCGGCACUUGCCAAGAAAGUCUGGGCCGGCUGGCAGGCGUGGCAGACGUACAACACGCCCAAGCUUGACUUCCAGCUCUUCUUCUGCUCCGUAAACGCGAAGGCGCUCGCUCGGCUGCUGGUGGCCGACGAGCUCAAGCAGAUGCCUCUGCAGUGGGAAGCUCCCCACGACGACAAUGUCAAGUACUUCAGGACGCACCUGGACUACAUGCAGCACUACUUCUUCGGCGGCAAGGAGCUCAAAAUGGCCAAGGGCUACUCGUGA